AUGGGGUCAACGACAUCUGAGGCAACAAUAAAAGCUCUUCAAAAUAAAUUCGCUAUCGAAGGUUUGCCAGAGACACUUGUUUCUGAUAACGGAAGCCAAUUUUCUUCCUCCGUGUUCGCAGAGUUUUGCCAUGAAUUGGGUAUCGUUCACAUUAAAACUGCGCCAUUUCAUCCAGCUUCAAAUGGUGAAGCCGAGAGAAUGGUGCGGACGUUUAAAACUGCUAUACAAAAACAAAUUUCUGAAGGUGUCAAUGAAAGAGAUGCUUUAUUAACUUUUUUGACUUCUUACAGAUCAACACCAAAUGUCACAGGCAAGUCACCAUCUGAGCUUUUACAUGGUCGACCAAUGCGUUCCUUGCUUUCUCAACUGGAGCCGAUGUCAAAGCCUGAUAUCAAAACAGUUUCUGCAAAGUUCCACCCAUAG